CGUUCUUUCCAGAGAACCCACGAGCUAAAUCCGACCACACCGCCCCGCUCCGCUCCGAUCCGGAUCUUCCCAUCCAUUCCGGCGAGCCCUCGCCGCGUAGCUUCCACGCCACCCUUCCUUCUCCCCGAUACAUCCAACCUCCCGGCCGCCGCCGCUCCUGCCAAACCCCCAAUACUAUCCGACCGAUUAUCUCCUCCCCCAACCUCCCGAGCCCAACAAACCCUAGGCGCCGCCCAUGGACUUCGGCAACAGGCGCGUGCACAACCGGCUGGGUCCGGCGCCAGGCGCCUCCUCCUCCUCCUCCUCCUCUUCUUCCGGGAAGGUCUGCCACCAUUGGCGCGCCGGGCGAUGCAACCGCUUCCCCUGCCCCUUCCUCCACAGCGAGCUACCCGAGGCCGCCGCCAACUCCAGUCGCCCCAACCAAAGGGAUGGCCCCGGCGCCGGCGGCCACGUCUGGCGCAACCCCAACUCCGGAGGCGGGCGCGGCGGCAGCGGCCCUAACAGAUGGGGGAGGGGUCCCGGCGGCGCGGAUGUGGCCCCGAGGAACAGGGUGCAGGACCGGCCCUGCAAGUACUUCCUCGCCGGAGACCACUGCAGCUACGGCGAGAGGUGCCGCUACCCGCACACGUACUGCAUGAGCAACAGCAUCACGCUGCUCACCCCGCUCCAGGGCCACGAGCAGGUAGUAACAGGGAUCGCGCUGCCUAAUGGAUCAGAUAAGCUGUAUUCUGGGAGUAGGGAUGGGACUGUGCGCCUUUGGGAUUGCCAGACUGGGCAGUGCGCCGGUGUCCUCAAAGUGGGGGGUGAGGUUGGCUGCAUGAUCAGCGAGGGCCCGUGGGUGUUUGUUGGAAUGCCUGAUGCUGUCAAGGUUUGGAAUAUGCAAACACAAGCAGAAAUGAACCUUACUGGGCCAACCGGACAAGUCUAUGCGCUCGCAGUUGGCAAUGAGCUGCUCUUUGCCGCAACACAGGAUGGAAGGAUUUUGGCAUGGAGAUUUAGUGCAGCAACUAAUUGUUUCGAGCCGGCUGCUGCUCUUGAAGGACACCAGCUUGCUGUUGUUUCGUUAAUAGUAGGAGGGAUGCGGCUGUACUCUGGUUCAAUGGAUAAAACUAUUAGAGUUUGGGAUCUGGCAACGUUGCAGUGCAUACAGACUCUCUCUGAUCACACGAGUGUAGUUAUGUCUCUACUGUGCUGGGAUCAGUUCCUAUUAUCUUGUUCUUUGGAUAAAACUAUAAAAGUUUGGGCAGCUACAGAAAGUGGAAAGUUAGAAGUGACAUAUACACACACAGAGGACAAUGGAGCACUUGCUCUUGCUGGCAUGCCUGAUGCACAAUCCAAACCUGUGCUAGUAUGUUCAUUAAAUGACAACACUGCCCGGCUCUAUGAUCUGCCAUCGUUCAGUGAUAGGGGCAAAAUAUUCGGCAAACAGGAAAUUAGGGCAAUACAAACUGGCCCUGGUGGUUUAUUUUUUACUGGGGAUGGAACUGGUGAGCUGAAGGUUUGGCAAUGGGUUAUUGAUGCCUCCCAAACCUGAUGCAUAUAGUGUAUUCUAGAUUAGUUCCCAAUGUAUGUUAUGAGGGUUUUUUCAAAGAUAUGCACGAGUUGAGGUGUGGUUUGAUGGCCAGUUCAUUUUUCUGUUAUAUCCUACAUUUAUUCUCCAAGGAUAUGAGAUUCAGCUGGACUGGCUCGCAUUUAGAAUACAUGCAGAGGCUAUGAAGUAUCAGUAUGGACGCUAGUGCUGUCCUGGGAUGAGUUUGACGUCGGGGAAUAAUUCCUUGUAUUCUGUAAAGCACCGGAACCAAGAAGAGUGAUAACUUAUCUCCGAUCUGCUGAUAGCUUCAAAAGGAUGGUAUUAAUACAAAGAUUUUGUUCGCCCA